AUGGUAAGUGGAGUAGCAAGUACCAGUAAAAGUAAAGUUCUAGCAAAAGAGCAAAGCAAAGCACUAAAAAAGCAAAGCAAAACACCAAAAAAGCAAAGCAUCAAAAAGACAGGGCAGCAGCAAAUUGAAGCACCAGUAAAAUAA